UGCGGCCCGAGGAAGAGGAGCUGGCGCCGGGAGACAUGACUGGGACCAACGGGAAUGACCCGAGGAGGCCGGGGAAGGUGCAGAGGUACAAACCUCCCACCUCCGAGAGCUCCCCAACCCUGGAUGACCCAACUCCGGAUUACAUGAACCUGUUGGGAAUGAUAUUCAGUAUGUGUGGCCUGAUGCUGAAGCUGAAGUGGUGUGCGUGGAUUGCUGUGUAUUGCUCCUUCAUCAGCUUUGCAAAUUCUCGCAGCUCUGAAGAUACCAAACAGAUGAUGAGCAGUUUCAUGCUAUCUAUUUCCGCCGUGGUCAUGUCCUAUCUACAGAACCCACAACCCAUGUCUCCGCCGUGGUGACACCGGUCUCCUCCUGCUCAGAAGAAGGUCGUUGUGUCGGACAUCAAGCAGUUUUACCCCUCUCUCUCCAUGCCUCAUAGGACUGCCCAUUAUUAAUAAAGACUGGUGCUUUUUA